CUUCGCUGCGUACGGACUCAAACAGUGGAAAUGAUUCUCUUGGCCAUUGUCACAUUGUAAGUAGCUUCUCUAGAGAAUAUCGUCUUUACAAGUAGGCAUGUUAUUCUAAAACUUACAGUGAGAACAUAAUCCUACGAGAUGAAAGAUCAACAAAACGAUUUUGUGUUUUUCUGUUUUCAUUGUAACUCUCUCGUGUUCUUUGUCUCUCCACAGAACAAGCAUUCUUGGCAUAGCGUUUACUAACGUUUCCGAUGGUAAGAACUAGACAGUAAUCCCUGUAUUAGAACGCGCUAGUAGAAUUUCGUGUUGUUAACAGGAAACUUAGACCUGAAAGCUUGUGGGCUUGUGUCAUUGAUUUUAUAAUCCUUUUGCCUUUGUCGGAUUUAUUUUUCAAUUCAAACGUGCGGCCUGGCACAUUGAAAUAUUUCAGUUGUGUUUGGCUUUCCUCCCACGAAAACAAAAAAAAUGAAAAAUGAUGAAGACUUGCCAAAUUGCUCCAUUGACCAGCUAAGUGACUGUAGAGCGACUUCCAGGGAUCAAGGCAAAGGAGUCCGUGACUAAGCUACCCACUAGCCCGAGAGCAAGCUCUCCUAUUUGGACGAGCGAAACCAGCCGCGCGAGAAGGUACCGCGUGAGCACGCGCGAGCGAGUGGCGAAGCGUGCCUCUCGCGCGUGUACUUUUCACGAUAUCCCCCAAAUGGAUGGGUAUUUUGGGGUAGCUUCUUUAUAAUAUGAACGUCGUCUCACUUAGGGAUGUAACUUGCUUGUUUAUUUAUUUAUUCAAUUAUUUUGUUGGUGAACCACAGGGACGGGAAAUGCCUUGGGAAUCUGGUGGUUUUGUUAAUUAAGAUUGGUCAUAUUUGGUGAUAGGCAUCUCGGUUACUCUACCGUUAACUAAACAUUAUUUCUUAUUUAUUUAUUUUUUAAUAAAAUACAAUAAAUAUAGAUAAGUAAGUAGAGACUAUAACAGGGAGUUACCCCAGAAGCGUAAGCCUUCUAAUGCAAUUGUUCUCAAGGAAUUUCUCGUCGUAUGGCGCUAUUACAGACGGACUCUCAAUACUAAGGACACUAACUCGCGGUCCAAAGGGUGCCCCAAAAGUUCUUCGUAAUGUACAAACAUUAACCGCAAGGGACUGUAAAGGACCGCAAACGAAUAAUCCGAAGAACGUAGGAUCUAUAAAGACCUGAUCAGCAAAAUAAUAAUGUAGCCAUAGACAGCUGUCUAUGGCUACAAUCCCGCUCUGUUUUGAGUUCUUUCGGUGUCGUGUUGGUGUCUUGCAGAGUUAAUUUUCACGUAGUACGAUCAGCAUUGCAGUAGUCUGCUUGCAGAAUUUAAUAUGUCUACUUUUUUGUAAUAUUUAGUGACCUGCGUCGCAGGCUAAGCGUUAAUAAGAGAAGAGGAAGGGCGGGAAAAUCGGGUCCUUGCCAACCUUCGAAAGGGAUAGGAGGGCUUGUGACGCAGGCCAACAGUUGGCAACGUGGUCAUGAUUGAUCACGUGCGCUGGGCCGGGGUCAUUGCGGGCGACAAGAGGAGCCCGCAAUCCUAAUCUCCAGCAGUUAUGGGCUCCUGUCUGCAGGUUGUUAUUACGCAUGCAUGGCAUGUAAGUAGACAGCAUUCGUUUGGACUUCCAUUAAAAAUGUAUGGAAAGUACAAAACGUACUUUGAACACGCGCGUUUGGAUAUUCUAACACUCGUCAUCUGAUCAAGCGUGUUUUGACCAUCUGUCACGGGAAACUUACGCAAAGCACAGCGCCGGAGCAAAAGCGUUUUGACCUUCGAUCGUUGUCACCCGCACUCCGUAACCUUUGGUUAUUACUAGUUUGUAAGCCUAAAAUGAGUAAUUUGUUUUAAAACUUGAUAAGCUGUCUCGAUCUCGAAAGGAGGGGUAUUUUUGUUUACAACUUGUAACGAAUUGCAAAAUGAUGAAUGGAAAAUCGCACGUACAGUUGUAGUUUUCAAACAGCUGAAAGAACGCAUUUGGCAUGCAACCUCAUUCCCAGGGUCCCGAGUAGGAGAAGACCCUGCGAACGAGGUUGACCUGGCAUGUAGGCCACAAGUGACUCCAUGAUAAUCCUAACCUCACUCGGAUCAUUGGCCUGUGGUUUAUCAUCAGACCAAUUUAAAGCAAUCAGAACUAAAAUUUAUCGCCAAAUAAAACUAAAAAACAAACAAUUUAGUUGCCGAACUUCUCUUUGGUCUCUCAUCGUGGCACAACGAAGCAAGCAUUUUUCUUCCAAAAUUAGUUUUACUCCCUUGUUUAUAUGGGUUGUAUUGAAACAGGCGACAAAACCUCGGUAGAUGUACUGAGUUGGGUUGUCUUGCAUUCACUCAUUACCUAUGAAAGAACUCGUGAAACAUUUCCUAUGCGGUCAAACUGCGUUCUUAAGAGUGAAACUUGAAAAAUGUCUUCGUCAUUGGAUCGUAUUAUUAAACGGGUCGAAGUUACAUCAAGGUCCUGUUUCAUAUAUCUUACUGCAAAGGGGGGGAAGAAUACCUGUUUUUUUUUUUUUUUUUUUUUUACCAGGAUCUCUCUCUAAAGGGUUCGCUUUAUUUGUUUUCCACUCCGCUGUAUGUAGACAAAUUGCUUAUGGAAUUAUGCACCGCAGACAUCAGUUGUUCGAGAACCGCGAGAAUUCGAAAAUUAAGGCGCGGUGGUGACGUGGGGAAAGGCGUGUGUUUAACUUACACAAACAGAUAUAGGAACUAUGAUUACAUGAAGGCCGGAAUAUCAACGUACGACCGACCGAAUGAAUGAAUGAGUGAAUGAAUGAAUGAAUGAAUGAAUGAAUGAAUGAAUGAAUGAAUGAAUGAAUGAAUGAAUGAAUGAAUGAAUGAAUGAAUGAAUGAAUGAAUGAAUGAAUGAAUGAAUGAAUGAAUGAAUGAAAUUGAAUGAAUGAAUGAAUGAAUGAAUGAAUGAAUGAAUGAAUGAAUGAAUGGAUGAAUGACUGAAUGAAUAUACUGAUAAAUGAAUGGAUGGACGAAGAAUUAACGAUUUCACACAAACAUGUUGAGGAAUCAAUGUUACUUUAACCCUUUAAGCCCCAAGAUCCACAUACAAAUUCUUCAGACUGAUCUCCAUACAUUUCUUUUAAUAAUGGUUGAGAGAAUUUGGUUUAAUAUCAAAGCAUUCUUCCUUUGGUGGUUAAUUUAGUAAUUCUCAUAACCUUUACUCUUGAUGAUCUGCUGAUGUUGUUGUCACUCUUGGGACCUAGAGGGUUGAGGAUGGUAUUGUUUCUUAUUCAGGUAAAUGCCAGCGUAAAAUCACUCAGUUAUCAGGACAGUCUGGUACCAUAGAAUCACCGGGUUACCCACACACCUAUGGUCCUGCACAGACCUGUAUAUGGCAGAUAAACGUUAACACAGGAUUCAGAGUUCACAUUCAUUUUGACGCACGCUUCGAUGUCAGCAGAACUCCAGCCUGUCGGGACGAGUAUGUUCUGAUCAGUACCCGAAAACAGAGAUUUACCGACUUUAAUGUUGUUCGCAAUAAAAAGGAUUCGGUGGUUUUCUGUGGCAACCAAAAGCCCAGCAAUGUCACAUCUCCUGCUAAUGAGUUGUGGAUACGUUUCAAAUCAAAGUCUGGUGGCCGGAGAGGGUUUAUAGCAUGGUUUGGAGCAGAGGGUAUGUGGUUAUUGGGAUCCAGAUUUCUCUCUUUUCUUUUUAUUCAGCAGUGUAUACUCAUUCUAAUUUCAAAGUUUCAAGUAUCUUUCUGAAUAUCUGAAAACUUUAUAAAUACUGCUCUGUAGUCUAACCUUCGUUUCCAGGGUUCUCUGUUACACGUCCUUGCGGAGCUAGAGACAGGAACGGGUAGGAGAGGACCCUGGGAACGAGUGUGUCUGAAGUCUUGCACUUUUGCCUUCAUUUGCCGAAUAUGUUCAAAUUUUUUGUCCAAAGGCUCAAAAUCCUGGGGGUGGGGUGGGUGGAGUACUUUGAGGUAAUUUUUGCUGGGUAUGUGGCGCUGGCCUAUGUGAAUCCCUACCCCAUUAUAGUCUAUUCUGUGGCCAUGUUAUAGACCACAUCUUAGACACUUUUGUAAAAACGUAACUUUCGCAUUCCCGACUUACUCACUUUUUGUUUAUGUAUCUACCUUAUAGAGCCUUUUAACUAAGUCACCCUGAAAUGAACUGACACAUUUGCUAAACUUAAUGUGGUGUAAAUCUUUCUGUUUUAAAAUCCCUAUACACCUGAAUUUUCUGACCCCCAAAAUCCUAACAAAGUGCGACCUCAUUCUAGUAACUCUUAUAAAAAUGCAACCCGAUAAUAGUCAAUCCAGUCGUGAAAAUGCGACCCCAUCCAGCGGCACAUCCCCAUUAGCCUAUUACUAGGAAGUACUCCCCCCCGGGUCAAAAUACAUGACAACAGUGUAAACAGGUGUUCAAUCUUUUCCCGUUUUUUAUGCUUACGCGGCCUCAGCUACAGGAGGAUUAAAAAACACACCAAAAUUUCCAUCAUGUAAAGAAAGUUUGUGAGUUGUUCCGCUUCUUAACCCAGUUCUCAAUCCCAGUCUGUGGGCGAAUCAUGUUGUGACCAUUCAAAUGAAACCUCUCUGUUGGUAAUGUAAUGGUUCCAUGUGUUUUUCAGCUCUUUACUAAAUAAAGAUUGUAUUUUUUUUGUCCAGUUUUGGCUUUGACCACUUCUAGCAAUGAAAAUGUUUAACGUUAAAGUCAUUAUUAAUAAAUAUCCUAUUAGAUAUUGAUGAGUGCAGAGAGCGGAAGAAUGGCGGCUGCCAUCACAACUGUGUGAAUACCCCAGGUAGCUUCCGAUGCAAAUGUCGAUCAGGGUUCCGUCUUGUUCCUAAAGGAAAGAAAUGCGUUGGUGAGUAACUCGACUCAAUUGAAGUUUUUAUAUAAGAUCUGAAAGGGCCUUAGUGCUGUCAUUUAUUAAUUCAUUAUUAUUAUUUAGUGUUAAAAGCUUAACAGCUAAAAAUGUAAUGUCUAGUGACAAAAACCCUUUAGGAUCCUUUAGUGCGCACUCCAUCAAAGAUCUUAGUUCAAAAAAGGUCCUUAUAGAGGUACCUACAAGGACAGCUGAGCCAUCACCAAAAGGGAGCUUCCGACAUGGGCAAAAGAGUUUAUCAAAAUAACCAUCCACUUAUAGCCUGCGCAAACUCAUUUCUCGGCCAUUCAUCGAGCUUGCUUAAUUGCUAACCUACUUUCUUCUUGUAUUCCAGAGGACAUCGCAAUUUCAUUCUCCAAGAAGCGUUAUCGUUCAUCAGUACAGAUCACGGCCCCGUCUGGCACUUCCAUUCUUACCGUUCGAGCCAGUGCCAGGAAUUCCCGAAGAGUAUUUCAUUAUUCCAUUGUAUCUGUGAAUAAAAAGCCUUACAAUGAUAAAACCGCAUUUUUUGAAGUGAACCCAUCAACAGGUACCGUGCUUCUUGAACUAUUUCCUGAUUUAUGCAUUUAUUUGAUUGUUAGGGAUAUAAAAAGUUAUGUCAGUGGGCAUGUCUUAAUUAUAAGGUGCUAUGUUACGCACAUAAAAAAGCCUAUGAAUGCAGAGGUCCACUCAAACUGUAAAUAAAACCGAGUGGUUCUUUCUUCCUGGAUCUCUAAUGUAGGGAUGCUAUUGCCAGACGUCAUGACUUGAAGUGGGAAUUAAAACAAAACUCAAUGCGAGGCUGGCAAUACGGCAAAGGGUUGAUUUAUCUGAGGGCAAAGUUUCGGCUAACAAAAUAAGCCUUCCUCAGGGACAGAACUGUACCUUAUCAAUCACCUUGUUGUAUAAUUAUUUACCUGUCCAUCUAUUGUUCUCAUUUUCAGUUUAUCUUUAGAGACCUCUGAUUCGAGAACAAGAACGACUACGAGUACGGGAUUUGAUUUAAUUUUUUUUUUCUCGUAUUGUCAAAAGAUAGACAUCCCGGAUUUCUUCAUUCUACUUUUUUUCACCAGGAAAGUCAGUGAAGUUAGCACUGUUAUCGUUAUUGAAGGAGGUUCAGACCUCUCCCGAUUGCAAAAUGCCAAAACUUCUAACAUUUCAUAACUUGUUCCCACCACUACGACAUUCUCGUUAAAACUCGUAGUACAAUGACGACGGCUACCACGUUUUCCCGCCAAAAUUACGCUGGCUCACGCACGAGAAGUACUUACUACUGAGAAAAUCUCCUACUCGCAGUCGCUCUUCGUCUUAUAAUCUAAACCUCUCUAUUAGCCUGUUAUGUAAAUUUAAAUUCAAAUCUUAGGAACCUUUAUAGUAUUCUCUUCCAGUGUAGCUCUGGCCCUGAGGAAGGCUAAUUUUGUUAUUGGCCACCCAUUUGGCCUCAAAGAAAUCAGCCCUUUUCCAUAUUGCCAGCCUUGCAUUCAUUUUUCUUUUAAUUCUCAUUUACAUACUUAUCAGUAAACAAUAACAAAGGAAAAGGAUACGAGAGGGCCAAAGCAGCAAGGAGAAACAAAAAGGUUGUACGACGAUCAUAGGUAGAUAGAUGGGGGCAGGGAUAGUUCUGUGUAGAACUCGCCUCCCACCAAUGUAGCCUCGAGACAGGCCGCAUCGACAUGCCAUAUGCGGGUUGAGCUUGUUCUCUUCUCCGACUGGUUUUUCGUCUGGUUACCUGGGCUGCCCCCCUCUCAUAAGCAAACAUUCCAAAUUCAAAUUCGAUCACAAAAAGUAGGUUCGAUUACCAACCGCUGUUCGGGAAAUAAGCCCGCGCCCAACCAGCGGAAAUCGAGCCUAUGAGGAAAGUGUCUCCAAUUAUUUGUGGGCACUUUGAAAAAUGACCCUUACAUUCUGAGCUUUCUCCCAAAGUCGAACACUCUUGGAUCUCAGACAUUUCUAGCGAUCAAUUUUAGGGAAGAGUUUUGCCUUACGGUUGAUCCACAGCAAAGGGUUGAGGCUCGUCCGUGACAUCUGAUCUUACUACUGUUCAUAUACAAUAAAGAAAAGACACGUACUGUCGUCUCUUCGUCCGCCACAUCACUAUUACCAUGAAAAAACAGUUUUUUAUUCCAAUUUAGGUAAUCCUUCACCGUAUUACGACAGUUUGUCUUUCUGUGUGUCUUUAUUUUUGUCUCUCUCCCUCCGUUCAGGCACAGUUUCCGUUCGUCGCAAACUCCAGAGGAAGUCCAACUAUCGCCUGCGAGUGAAGGCAAGCAUUGAUAAUGUCAUUUCAGGCUAUGUCAUGGUCAUUAUCAGAGUUACAAGCGCGCAAAAGAGACGACCCCAACCGAGAGUGGAUCAAGGCCUAAAAUUCCCCAGUCCUAUAUACUCUGUUAUUAUCCCGUGCAGCAUGGUCGUUGGACAGACCAUCCUUCACCUGCGCGUAGAAAAAAGCAAACACUUAAAGAACUCAACUGUACGCUAUAGAUUGCAUUCUAUAGAUCCUUUUCACGGAAAACCUCAUUUUAGUCUGCAUCCCGCGAAAGGCUUUCUCAGAAUCAGCAAAGAACUCACAGAACUGGUCUCUGGCGAAAAAGCCUCAAGCUUCGUGCUACAAGUUGUUGCUCGGACUCAAGAAAAACCAAAUGUGUUCGAGUCGACGCAGGUGUCUGUCGUGGUGGUACCUGAUUACGCUGGCAAUGGAUUCGUGAAGUCCUCCAUGGCUGCGGUUAAAAACAAGUCGGCAUCUGUGGACCGCUCUGAACGGCUAAGGUCUCAGAAGAACGAGACGUUUUCAGAUGAUUUCAAAUCACCUCUAAGGAGAACAGAAUUUUCCUUGCAUCGCAUGUUUCGGCGACCGUCCACCGAAGCCCAGAAGAUUUCAAAGGCAGACUUACAAUUCAACAAGAUUAUUGGAGAGAUAAAGCGCGAAAUAGCAACACAACUAAUAGGUAAUUUAUUGCUGGUCUUUUUAAAGUUCCUUUUACAAAACUUCCUUAUUCCAUUAUAAACUUCUCCCUUAGCCAGACACUCCCCCGCGCCUAGCACUUCUACCGCUAUUCUUUCCUUCUUCGAAGGGUGGUUGAGCUACUUCUGAAAAUUUUUGAAAAAAUGAAAAAGAAAAGAGAACUCUAGUUAUAGAUAUACUCAUACCUUCUUAAUGGUAAACAGAGUAUCAGGAGAUGCAGCACUUCUGUCUUCCCCCUUCUGCCCUUUCCCUUAGAUCUCUUUGUUAAAGCCUGGUGCUAAGACUGCUGCCGGGCUCCCUAAUCAGUUUCGGUUUAGUGAUCAGCUCAUUAACUUUGCAUUCUCGAUAGAGGCCACGCUAAAACAUCUUAAGCUUUAUGCCAGAGGUUUGCCAAAGAGGUAUCAUUUGAAUGGUAACACCACAGGAUUUCGUCCAGAGAUGCAUGAGUUAGAAUGACAAAUCAUCUUACCUUACUGUACUCGGUCUAGGAAUGAAAGGGUAUAAUAAAGGCUAUAAAUCCUUUCAGCCGUAAUGAGGGGUCUUCCUAUUUCUUGCCUUAGAUGAUCGUGGUCGUUCAGGUGUGGUAUCCGUAAGACUUGGGGCAAGCUCUAUUGCCUCUGCUUCCAAACUGUCUCAGAUCAUCAAAGAGGUCAACUGUACUUUACCUGUAGCCAACUGUUCUGACACUGAGUAUCACUCGCGCUACCGAACGUUUGACGGCACCUGUAAUAACCUUGACAAUCCCACAUGGGGAGCCGCGACAACACCCUUUACUAGGAUACUGGACCCAAUCUACUACGAUGUGAAUGGACUGUCAGAUCCGGUUGGAUUCCCCGAUCAGCCGUAUGCGCCAGAUCUUCCAUCACCGCACCGCGUAAGCAAAGAGUUUCUUAUUCACGUUACGGAGGCUACUGGAAACAAGAACAACUACUCGCAUAUGCUAAUGCAGUGGGGACAGUUCUUGGACCAUGACAUUUCUUUUACAGCAGAGAGCGAAGGUGGUGAAAAAUGUUUUUUGCCAAAGUAGGUUUACAUUUUACUGCUCUUUUUGUCAGAACUAAUAAUUUUAUUUGAGCAUGUUUUCUGAAUUCACCAUUUGCACAUCUCCCGUAAUGGAUAGAGAAAACUAGGUCUAGUUUUGGGUAUACCUUACGACAAAAUUUUCUUGAUUCUUCGAUGGUCUAAUCAGAAAAUUAAUAUUAAUAGCUCUAAGGGAAUUCAUAGCAGAACUGGGUAGAAAAUUGAAUUUGCGACGUCGAAAUUGGAUUUGGCUGAGUUGUUACGAAAUGUUUUCCUUACUAUCGUUUAGGUAAAUCUUCGUGUUCUUAUGUAAGUAAUAUAAUACUGUGUCUGUUCCUUUAGCUGUGAUGGAUCAUUUGAAGAUUUUGAGCCUCCUUGCUUUCCAAUAAUGUAUCCAGAUGAGUCUGGGUGUACUAUGUUUACUCGGUCAGCGGCCGCAUGCCAAAAUGAUAACGAGAAUGUAACGCCUCGGGAGCAGCUGAAUACUAUCACCUCGUUUAUCGAUGGAUCACAAAUAUAUGGCUCAAGCAAUCACGUAGCUGAGCGUCUUAGAGACUUUGAAUGUAAGUAUUAAAGCACUGACCGAGUGGAGUAGAAAAUUUUCACCGGACUGAUUUCCAAAAUUUUACUGUAGGCGUCUCCCUUUUCCCGGGUGAUGGGUACAAAAAAAUAUUUUCCGUCCACAAUUUGUCUUCCCACAAAACCCGGGUGAUGGGUAACGGGGAAAAAUAUUCCUUGGCCGAGUUCACAUUUUUCUAAACCGUCUGAAAGACAGACAGGGAGUACUGUGGUGUGUCCAGUACCAGUCAUUGUUAAUAAUUUUUUCCACGUUGGGUGUUUGUAUCAUACCUGCCGUUCCAUUUGCCUUGCCUUUUGAUCCUCAGCAAACAAAGGUACCAUGAGAAUAACUCGGCCGAGAUAUCUCCUACCACAUGUGCAGUCACCGUUCAAGCCGCCCCUUAACCUGUGUCAAUUAUUCGGUGGAUGUUUCGAUGCUGGCGACUUCAGAGUCAACGAACAGAUCGCACUCGCAUCCAUGCAUACCUUGUGGGUCAGAGAGCACAACCGAAUAGCAGAGAGUCUUAACCAAAUCAACAAACACUGGAAUGCGGAAAAGGUAUACCAAGAGACUAGAAAAAUAGUCGGGGCCGUGCUUCAGCACAUAACAUAUAAUCAUUACCUACCGAAAAUUCUGGGUGACAAGGCCUUACCACUUUAUCGAGGAUACAAAAAUGUACACCCUGGCGUCCUGAAUGUGUUUGCGGCCUCCGCGUUUAGGUUCGGCCACAGUAUGGUAAGACCAAAGUUUUCAAUGCUUGAUGCAAAUUUUGAUCCGAUUGCUCCAGAAGUGCCUCUCAUCGAGGCGUUUUUCAAUAACAAACUUGUGCAGGGAGAAGGCAUUGAACCUGUUCUCCUUGGACUUGUAGCCAACGAUUCGCAGGGCACCAACCGAAUAAUGGCCGCUGGGCUUACAAAGCAGCUGUUCCAGCAGCCUGAAUCUGAACAUGGCUUUGAUCUGGCGGCACUCAAUAUCCAACGCGGCCGUGACCAUGGUCUUCCGGGGUACGGUGCCUGGAGACGCCAAUGCAAUCUCUCACACGCAGACAUUUUUCAAGAAACAAACUUUGAAAUCAAAGAUGCUACAGUUAGGAAGUUACUGCACGACUUGUACGAAGACGUGGAAUAUGCGGACCUGUGGGUGGCAGGUCUGGCUGAAGACCCUAUACCAGGUGCCAUGGUUGGCCCCACGUUUCACUGUAUUAUCAAAGAACAAUUUCGUCGGCUACGUGAUGGUGAUCGUUUCUGGUUCGAAAACCAAGGGGUUUUUAGCGAUGAACAAAUUGCUGAAAUCCAUAAGACUUCAUUGUCACGAGUGUUAUGCGAUAACGUGUUUGGCAUUGUUUCUGUUCAGCGAGAUGCCUUCAUCACCGCAACUGAUGAACUGAAGCGUGUUGAAUGUACGGGGAUCCCUGGUAUGGACUUAAGAAAGUGGAGAGAAAGUCAACCUUCACCACCAGCAACAUGUAAGUGUCUUAAUCUUCUUCUUCUUUUGAGUGCAUUUAAAGUUAUGGAAGUUUUUGGAGUCUCAAAGCCACCAUUAUAACGAUUACUGUUACCAUAGAAAUUUGUUCCUCAGCCGAUCGAGCUGGCAUGACUGUCCGUAUGGGCUGCAUUUCUAGUGCGUCACUGGUUUCCUUAAUUGUACGCAUGCAGAGCUUACUGUCUACGUUUCAUUUUUCUGGCCGAGAAAAAAAAAAUGAAAAGGAAAUACAAUAAUAAAAAUAACAAGUUUUCGUGCAAGGAUUAACUUGCAACGGUUAUGUGCCCAGUUGUCCAGUGAAGGUUCUCACGACGCUUUUUACAUUCAAGACCAUAGAUUAUUUCACGUUACGACUUACGUCGCUGUUCUUUUUAUUUGCAAGUAUAACACUGCCACUCACAAUUUAAAUCAAUCAAAUCUCUUACGAUAAUCAUUUAAUUGAUUACAUUACUCUCAAGCAAUGAACAACGAAGAAUGCUUUGCUUGAUUUUUCAGAUGGAACCUGGUCAUCAUGGGUAUACACAGUCAGGAAGCCGACGGGAAGCUGGGCUGUGGCGCUAAAUGGUGACCUGUGUUCUACGUCUGUGAUGGAUAUAGAGUGUCAGCGAGCCGACGGCUCGGCAGCUCAGCUGACAGGGCAGGUUAUUCAUUGUAAAGAGCGUGUGGGUGUAUACUGCAGAAACACUGAACAGACCGGACCUAACAAAAUCUGUGACGACUAUCGCUUUAGAUUUUUGUGUUCCAACAUAGAAAGACCAGGUGAGUUUAUAGACCUAAAAGUUUUUUCCAAGGUGCACUCUGACAAUAGAGUCUUUAAGAUCCAACGACGCGGACGGUAACGAGAACGUAAAAAAAACCAAUAGCUUUGAUUAGCAAAACAACAACUUUGCACGUGCACCAUGCUUUUUUGUACAUUUCUCCGCCCGUUUUGCACGACUACCAAGGACGUAAACAAGCAACGACGAAAUUUUAUUUCUCUUACUGUACUUGGAUAUGGUGCCUAGGAAUUCAGCUCCAGGAGGGUUCGCCUACAUUCGACAAAGUAAGUGGGUAGGAAUAAUUGCGACAAAGACUGAAAGAACGUAAAUUCACUUUUUAAGCGACGUUCUCAUUACCGUCACGUCGUUGGAUCUUAAAGUCCCUAUUAGCCUGCGUCGCAGACGCUCUAAAUCUUCUAUGUAGACAAUACAAAUGGUUUAGACGAGUGCGUGGGCCGGCUGCAAAGCAGGCUAUCUGAUAAACGAUUUUCUAAACUUUUACUUGCUGUGAUUCCCCGUUUUUUGGAAACGUUCCGACAUCCUUUUCAAUAGAGCAAAUGCAUUUCUUCUCCUUUCUUCUAUGCACAGGCUCCACUAUCUUUUCCCUUAAAGAAAAUCUGCGAAAAAGUGAGUGCAGCAGUAGAAUAGGCCAUUUUCAAGGUCAUGACAAUAUUUGACUACAACUAUCAGAAUCAAUUUCGUUAUUGCUUUCUAAUUUAAAUUUGUCAAUACCACCGAGGUUUAAAAAACAAUAUCCUUAAUUUGCACAAGUAAACAACAAAUUGCAGGAUUCUGGUAGUCGUAGUAAGAUGACGUCAUCAUGCGAUUGUCCUAUCACGUGGUAGGGCAUGAGAGGAGGAUAGCUGCGUUUACUUUCGCGUCAGCACUCACUUUGCAAGGAAAAUUAUAACACCCCAUGAAACCCUGCGAAGGAGAGAUGCUCUACACGUUGUGCUUGGCGUUUGUGAACCAAUAGCUAUCCGACCACGCUCUGCGCCAGGCAACUUCAUCUAUGUACCUUGUAAUCAACAGCUACCACAACAGGUAUUGAAACUUCGAUGUCUUGUAAUGACCAGUAGGUUCUUAAUUUAUUGGAACUUUUAAUUUGUUUGUCUAUUACCGAGAUCACUCACAGAAUAGGUUGUCAAGGCUUUCAGAUAAAGAAUGAUAUUCCCUUGUGUAAUUUUUCAAAUAAUACUCUCUCUUGUUUUUUUAAUUUUAUUUGAAAGUAUCAUAUUAAGAGUCAGUUGGUCUUCAUUUUUUUUAAUUUUUCAGUGUCGCAGGAAUUCACAGCCUUAGAGACUUCAACAUUUAAUUCAAAACUUGCAACACAAUGCGACACAGGUAAGAAUUAAGUAAACACUAAUUUUACUUAGGGUAUAGAAUCUUAUUGUUACAGCCAUGACCAUUCAUAACUGACAUGGACAACAAUGAACUAAUCACUUCUCGAAACACAGCGAUAAAGUUCUUCGUCAAGCAAAGAAAUUACGCGCAAACAAGUUUCAUAUUUUGGCCUUGCUUCUUCCUUGCUUCUUAUUGGCUAAUUAGGAGGCGUCAGUUAUUUGUUUAAGCCAAUGAAAAAGUAAGAGCAUUGCGCGUUCGAGAUUAUAUCUUUUAUAAACGAGGAAUUUAGUUGUUUCUAUUCAUUUUUAUUAUCACUCUUCCUUAAACGAUCAGACGUUGUUUCUUAAAUUAACAGGCAAUGUUUCACUUAUACAGUGGGUUGCUAAUACCAUGGAAUCCACCGUACGGCCGGGCCAUCAAAAUACACUCUGCGUGAAAGAUUUAGAAAGGGACGUCCGCAUACUAAUUAUUUUAAUAGUAGUUAGGGAAUAUUAUUAGGAUGCUGAUAUACAAGUUCGGUCUUCGUCUAGCACAUGUCUGUUUGCAAACUUAUUCUCGAGAAUCAUAGUCAGCUUCCAUAGUCGUAUGGCACAACUGCUGAAACUAAAUUUUCUUAAUAGGGAGACACCCGACCGACUUUCCUUUAUCAUUCAAAGUAAUUCAACACGUCACCAUAAGCCAUGCUUAUAGCACCGAGCUGAGCAGAAAACACAUGUUCGCGGGAAAGAACAAAGGAGAACCCAAGAAGCGCUUUCUAAUUGCUUUCGAUACAAAGAAAAUUACACGGAGAGCCAUAGUACACUCAGCAAAACUGUAUCUUUAUCUGGCUGGAUUUGGUAUUAGUGAUGUGGGAGAUGACGUGGCAUCAAUUCCAGCCAAUACAUUGGAGGUUUAUCAGAUCAUCAGCACAGACUGGAAUCCUAAGAACACGACCAGUGUGAUUCCAUGGCAUCAAGAUUAUCUGGGGAUUGGAAAAGACGUCUCAAAGAUUAAGUACGUGAACGAUUUUUUUUUUUUAAUUUAAACGUCAAAAACAAUUUGUGAAGUUUACUUUGCUCUUCGAACAGAGACUUUGUUUUAGUAUACCUCUCCCCAGCCAAAAAGCGAGACCUUAGUGUAAAUUAAAGAAAGAGAAUCGUAGACCAACUUUGUCCGUUUGUAACUAGUGGAACUGAUACGGCAAGUCUCCUUAUUCGAGUCUGUGUAUAGAUGCCCUUCCCCACCCCCAGCCCCCGCAUUCAGGAUUUUUUUCCGCAGGGUAGGGGGCUGAUUUAACCUCUAAAACAUCCGGUUCGAUUGCGCCCAUUCUGGCGUUUAAAUCUACAAGUAUCAAAAUUGGGUAGCACGACCUCCUCCCUACUGCCUAUAAACCCCUGCCUUAAUCUUCAACCUUUUUUAAAUGUCAAAACGUUUGAUUUCGUUUACACAGGAUAGCAGAAAGUGAUGUUAUUCGACCAGGAGAUGGGCAACGAUGGAUUGAAUUGGAUGUUCAACAUGCUAUAAUAAACUGGCAAAUACGACAACAGCCAAAUUAUGGGCUGAUGUUCAAGAGCAAAAGGGAAUCUAAUGCAAACGCAGUGAUGAGAUUCGCUUCUAGUGAUCAUCCCCUUGGUGACAUACACCCCAAGCUUGUCGUGUGUGUUAGUGUCCCUCCGUGGUAGCUAAUACUCAGAACAGAGCUAGCUGUUUUAACUUAGUUAUUUUUCACCUGUUUUGUGGAAGAAAUCUCUACGGACUAGAACCCAGACCACAUUUGUCAGGGAGGAAAGAGCUCUCAACACUGGCCCAUCGUUUUAAAUGAAAUGAGAAAAUGCAGUCGCACCAU